AAGGAGGAAGAGGGGGGAAAAUUAGAGAUAGGUCAAAAAAAUAAAAUAAAAAAAUAACUUGCUGGACAUAGGACAUCUGUAUGAGAGGGAGGCUGCAUUGUUUUUUAUUGGGCUUCAGUAGAUUUGUGGAACACACAUUGGGGCAGCUGAUUUGCUUUUUCCUAGCUGGCUGUUAGUGGGGUUUGGCACUGCCUAGGUGGCACACAGUUGGCUGCAGGCUGUGCCUGUGCCCAGCAGCAGCCACCCAGAACUACAAGAACCCUCUGACUCCCAGGAUGUGAUACACUUCUAUUCAUUGCAAUUACUCACCCUCCAGGUUUGCUUCAUCCCCCUCCCCAGCUCAGGGUGACAGCUGAUCUGUCUGGAUCUGGUUAGUUUUCAUGGAGUGGUUUGGAUUUGCUGCUGGGACAACAUCCCAAUGUCCUGUGCUGCUCGUUUAAGCACAUGCUACCUCUGCCCUUCAUUUAUUUAAUAUUUCUACAGGUUUUUUUUUUAAUUCUUCUUAUUUUGUUGGGAGGUGGAUUCCUCUGCGGACCAACUCAUGAAGAACAAGGGAGGAAAACCGAAAUUCAAGAGAAAAGGGUCAGGGGGCGCUUUUGGAUGUGAUCUCACGGAAUAUCUGGAUAGCUCCGGACAGGAUGUUCCCCUUGUGCUGAAGAGUUGUGCAGAAUUUAUUGAAACUCACGGGGUGGUGGAUGGCAUCUACCGUUUGUCUGGAGUGACAUCCAACAUACAGAAGCUCAGGCAGGAGUUUGGCUCAGAUCAAUGUCCAGAUUUGACAAGAGAUAUUUACCUCCAGGACAUUCACUGUGUGGGGUCACUCUGCAAACUGUACUUCAGGGAACUUCCAAAUCCGCUACUCACCUACCAGCUCUACAAGAAAUUCACAGAUGCCGUAUCAUGCUCGUUAGAGGGAGAAAAAUUAUCCCGAAUUCACAAUAUCAUUCAGGAGCUGCCACCCUCGCACUACAGGACUCUGGAAUACCUGAGCAAACAUCUAACGCACAUAGCAUCAUACAGCUCUAUGACAAAUAUGCACAUCAGGAAUCUGGCGCUUGUCUGGGCACCAAAUCUUCUCAGGUCAAAAGAGAUUGAAGAUGCUGGAUGUAACGGAGAUGCGGCGUUCCUAGAAGUGCGGGUUCAACAAGUUGUUAUUGAGUUUAUCCUAAACCAUGUGGACCAGAUCUUUAACAAGAAAUCAAACUCCCCACAGCUACUUCCUAAGCACAGAGAAGAGUGCAGGGUUAUAACGAAGAGUAUGACCUUACCGUCCGGCUCCUUGCCUAUGAAGCUGGUGAGCCUGGAGGAAGCACAAGCCAGGAGUUUAGCAGCUACUCAUCCAGCCCGAAAAGAGAGGAGAGAGAAUAGCUUGCCGGAGAUUGUCCCGGUCACCGGAACCUUAUUCCACACGGUCAUAGAUCUGCCUGAGCAUAAGAGGAAGCUCUCCACAAAGUCUAAGAAAUGGAAGUCCAUAUUUAACCUGGGCCGUUCUGGAACAGAGUCCAAGUCGAAACUGAGUCGGAAUGGUAGCGUGUUUGUGAGAGGACAGAAGGAGCUUAGUGAGAAGGCUACUAUACGCCCAGCUAAAAGCAUGGAUUCCCUUUGCUCUAUGCCAGCAGAAGGUGAGGAUGAAAAAGUGAGCCGUUUUAAGAGAUCAGUAGGCACUGGGGGUUUCUUCAUACCAGUGUUGAAAUCACGUACCACCGGAACUGGCAGCACUUUUGACCUUCGGAAGCAUGAUAAUGAAUGGGAGACAGAGGAAUUUUUUGGCGCUACAGGUGGGUCAGGAUCCAACCAUGAAACGGAUAGUCCCAAGAGUUUACAGCUGAAGGCACCACCAGAACAGAUGAAGGUGUUCCGUGUUGGUGAUGAUCUGGAAAACGAGCAGACUUCUCCAAAGAUACGCAAGCUGUUUUAUACAUCCAGCGAUGGAUCAAACAAGUCUAACUUUCCGGGCAGCCUAUUUCCUUUGGAAGCUUCUCCCAGACACCAGAGAAAAGCCUUAAACAUUUCGGAGCCAUUUGCAGUGUCUGUGCCUCUGCGGGUAUCAGCUGUUAUUAGCACCAACAGUACCCCCUGCAGGUCAUCCAAAGAACGCCAUAUUCUCUCAAGUCUGGAGGAACUGGCCUUGCUUGAACCAGAUUUAGCUGCCAAAUCCAUAGUUACAGAUACCAAUAGUAAUGGUAGAAUCAAGGAAGGCGCUAAUUCUACUGACUCUAAAGAAAAAAGCAAAAUGAAGGAACCAGAAAGAUCAUUCUACAAAGGAAUAGACUCAGAGGAUGUCAAUGAUUCCUCUGGCGAUGACACACUUUUGACGCUUCAGGAGGUGUUGUUGGAGACGCUGCAUUUUCCACCAGGACAUCAGGAGUCACAUUUUGGUAUCAAAACAGAGAGAGUAACUUCAGCGGAAUGUGUGCACGAGCCCAUUAAAGUUUUAGGGAAAACAGAAGAUCUGGAACUGGAUAAGCCUGACACGGAGUCUGUAAAGACACAACAAGAGGAGACUCUGAAAAUCCAACCCUCUGAUGACCCAUUCCAUGAAGACCAGGAGGAUGAUACUUCACUUAUGGAUCCAUUGUGGCCAGAUAUUCAGCAAGAACUGAAGAUAAUUGAAUCAGAAGAAGAGCUACCUAUUCUCUCAGACUCAGAAAGUCCCCCAGAAUAUAACCAAGUUUUAUCUCUAUCUGAUGGAACUCUAGAACUAGCUGAGACUACUAAUCCAAGCAGUUCUUCUUAUGACUUAAAAGAAAGUGUUAUUUGUUUGGAACAAAAUAAUGAAAACAUACCUAAUUGUUUAGCACUAGAUAAUGUCCAAAUUGUAGAGGAAAAAGAUGACAAUAAAAACCAUACAAGUAAUUCCAUAACCCCACAACAAUCAAAACUGGAUAUUUCUACAACUGAAUCUUCUACAGAUCCUAAAGAUAAUGGAAGUGAAUGUUCUCUACCUCAAACAACCCAGAUUUUUACAGGACAAGAAAAAAUAAUUUCUGAUGAAGGAGUAAAGCAGAAACAGUCUAAUAUGUGUAAACAGGAAAGCAGCUUUGGUAUUUUAAAACCUGUUCCAACAAAAAAGGAUAGAGGUUUUAACAAAGUUGAGACACAAAAAUUGGAUGAGAGUGCUAUGGAAGUGAUUACGGAAGUUUUACCUUUGAGAAGUGAAGAAGAAAAAGUUCUGAAAACAGCAGAGAGAAAGUCUAAUGAAUCAUUAGAGAAUUAUGAUGAAAUAGGUGCAGAUAGUAUGCAAACAUUUGAGCUGGAUGAGUCUUGGGAAGAUCAUCAGUGGGUGACAAGUCCACUGCACUCACCAAAAUUAAAGAAUGUACCAGAAAGGGAAACUCUAAUACUGCCAAAAAGGAGGGGAACCACAGGGCAGAUUUAUAAACGACCAGAAUUUACCCGGAGUCUUUCUCUGGACAGUAAAGAUACCCGAACAACCCAAUGGACUCUCAGACUUGUUGGUAGGAACAAACCUGAUAGCCUUCACAUAAGACCAGAAACUGAUAACCUAUUCAAGGAGAGCUAUUGCAUGGCCAAAGAAGAGUUAUUGCAUUGCCAAAAAAUGGUGACUCUUCAGGAAUUAUCAAAAAAUGAAAAUAAAAAUGAAACUAUUUGCAGGGAUCUUGAUGUUAAAAAUAGGCAGUCAAAUAAGCCUAUGUUAGAAAUUUCUAAUUUGAAGAACAGUGGGACUGUCAAUUCUAAUAUGCAGUUUCCAACAUUACCCUCAAAUUCACUGGGCUGUUUGUCUAAUGUGCUGAAUGAAAAUAUGAGGUCUUCCGGCUGUAAUCAAGAAAAGUCCAUUAACACCACCAACUGCAGCAAUGAAAAUUCAGAGGAAAAACCCAAAACACGGCCUUCAUCCCUAACUUUGGAUACUGUUGUUCCAACAGGUGAUUUAUUUUCAUUUGAGAAUAUCUCUCCUAUUUCUGCACAAGGUCACAAGAAUGUAGUCUCCCCCUCUUGUGCACAAGGUCGCAAGAAUGUUGUCUCUCCCUCUACUGUACAAGUUCACCAAAUUCUACAAUCACAAAGUACAGUAUCACCACUUAACUCCACGGAUAUUAUCCAUUGGAAGGAUAACUCAUGGAAAUCACAGUCACACUUACAUAAUAAGGACACAGACUGGGACCAUAUGUCACUUACCCAUACUCCAACUGCCCGCCGCAAUUCAGCUCCUGUGAGCGUAUCAGCAGUUAGAGCUUCUUUUAUGAUUAAAAUGUGUCAGGCCAAGGCUGUACCUGUUAUACCUCCAAAAGUGCAGUACACUCAAAUCCCACAGCCCUUACAGAUAGUACAUACAGAUGCUGAAGUUGUUGAGAAAAAAGAGAUAUGUCAAAGUGAUUGUAACACAGCACCAAAACAGACUUUACCUCCUAGUAAAGGACAGAAUGACAUUCCAAAGAGCCCCAGUCCAGAGAAGAAGGCUGUUGAAGAGAAGGAAAAUAAUGAUCCAGUUUCUUCAGACUCUUCCCAUCAUUCCAGUUUAAAUUCUUCUAUUGAGAAUAGCCGGACUGUUUCUCAAGAUGCUCCAGUACUUCGCAGAAAGCGCAUCUCCGAUGGGGAGCCUAGUGGAGACACACUACUGUCAUCAAAAAUUGAACGACCUGGACUCUCAAGAUCUUCUUUCAGGUCCAGAACAGGAAGACCUCAGAGCCUUAUUCUGUUUAGCCCUCCAUUUCCAAUUAUGGACCAUCCUUUAACUCCUGACUCAAGAAUUCUGUUGUCACCAAUAAAAAGCCCAAGUGAGACCACUUCACACGACUCAUCUUUUGAAAACCAGAAAACUCCUGAUGGGGUCAUUCUCAGGAAUAAACUGACAAUCCCAAAAAAUGGUCAAAGACUAGAGACAUCUACAAGUUGUUUCUAUCAACCACAGCGAAGGUCUGUUAUUCUUGACAGCCGAGGUGGAAGACAGUUUGAAUAGUAACCACAGAGGACUCUUAUCUUUAAUUCCUAACUUGUAUUAUUGCUCUUAAAAUAAUGAUGGUAAAUAUUUUAUAUGAUAUAGUGAAGAGAUCACCAUAUUUUGUUUCUGAGAACACUUUGCUACUGAUAUUUUAUAAAUGUUUCAUUGUAUUUUGUUUAGAGGUCAAUAUAUAACGUGGCACGGUUUAGAACACAAAAAUUACUAAAUGUCAAUUAGUACUAAUUUAAGAAGCUACUGUUAAGUAGUAUAAUCUAAAGAGUUUAUAUUGACCCAAGAUGAUGGCUGUAGAGACAUAUUUGGCUGCGGUGCAGUUAAAGUAUGUAGAGGGCAAAAAAGGGUGCAAGUCUCAAAUUAUGUCCAUGCAUGCACCAGCAUUCAUAUAUCUAUAUGCAGAGCAAAUUUGUUUGGGGUAAUAACUAUUAUGUUAUUUUAGCAUAUCUGACCCUGUUCAGCUGGUUUGAAGUGAAGGAUUUAAAGAAAAAAGAAAUACAUAGCACUUUCCACAGUGGGCUAAAUAUAUACUUUGUUUUGCUAUAUUGCAAACACUUUUCAAAAUAAAUAUUGACUUUCUUAAAAAAAAAAAACAAUAUAUCAACAUAAAAGAAGGCUUUUUGUAUUUUUUUUAUUUUGUUUUUGCCAUAUAUAAUGUAUACUGUAAUUUAGCAUAAAGAUAUUACAUAUUUAAUUAAAAUAAUGUAAAGAUGUAUCAGUUACUGCUAAUAUUUUGCUCUCUAUUUAACCCUGUCUUUAAUUAUUAUUUUUUCUUUUUUUUCUUCAUGGAAGUAGAUCUCUGUAUAAGGUAUACAGAUUAAAUUUGUAAAUGUGCGGAUGUUUGAGCAAGUAUGGUCUAUGAGAAUAAUGUUAAGUCUGAAAUGCGUUGGGGUAAAGCAUUGGCAUUAUUUCUUUGUGUUUAUUUUUUUUACGUAUUAUAGAAAUGUGUGACUGUAUUAUAUGUACACAGAUAAAAAGAGAUUCUCAUAAUAUUUCUAUUUUGUUUAACUAAGUGUGAAAUAUCUAUGCUGUGUUCCAGAAAUGUAUGUUGUACAAUAAUAUAAAUAUGAAAAAUAUAAAUAAAUAUAUAUGAGAAUAUUAACUGGGAAGCUGACCCUUUGAACUGGACAGUAUAGGAAACAGAAGAGGCGCCAAUAUUCUUCUAAAUGUAUCACUUUGGUAAAACAAAACAAAACUGGAAAAUAUAAACCUCUAAAAUUAAGCAUUGAAGUAUCAGUAGGGCAGAAAUAGUGGGGAGCAGUGAGCAUAUUGCAGAUAUUGGAGUAAAUCUUCAGUAUCAGCAUAAUUUACUGUCCCCUGGCCGUGAAGGGUUAAAAAAUUCAGAAGAUAUCCAAUCAAGCCACUGAUGUCUUUUGUUUUUUUUACAUAGUUCAUUGGUUAUUGUUGCUUUGGUAUCACAUUGCUAUUUCUAUUGUUUUAUCAGUUUAUUUCAUGAUCUCAAGAAUAAAAACAAGUUUUUAUAAAAAUGUA